AUGACUGCUGAGGUAGCCCACGCACUGUGCAUCGUGCUGCACGAGCCGCAGGCGGAGAAGCCGUUUGCGGAGUGGGUGGCGGCCGACGCAGUGCGACAGGGCUUGAAGGAUGACAUUGACGAGGUGGUCACAGCUGUCAUUCCGCAGGAAACCGGCGACGAAGAUGGCCCCACGAGUGCAGAUGCAGCGUCGCUGGCGUCCCUGUCGCCGACUCAGCACAUCCCGAUGACACUGGUGGAGAAGGCACUAGCGGCGCAACAGAGGGUCGAUGACCGUCAUCAUAAAAGCUGUGCAGGGCAGCAGCAGACGUUGUUGCUGUGCCUCGUCAUCAUUGUGUUCUGGGACGGCCAAGCCGAGGCUAGCAAGGCCGUCCUGGCGCAGCUUAAGCAGCUGGGCGAUAAGAAAUGGGUCGCAUCGCACGCGCCGCUGUGGGGGGAUCACGUGGAAGUGCUAGUACAGGCCCUGAACAUGAAGCGUGGCGCUGCAAGCAUCAUGAACAACAAGGUGGCGCUCGUAGCCAGUUUGCGCAAGAAGUUGCAGGCAUCCACCAUGGCUGCGAAGGGGUGGUGGCGGGAGGGCGCGCACCACAGGGCAGGACAACACGCUGAUCCCUGCACCAUGGCCGCUAGCUCGUCGACAGCGUCACCGGCGCCAACGCCAAGCGGCAGUGGUGACGCGUCAAGUGCUUCCGCCGCUGCAGCAGCGACAGCAGCCCGACUGGGGGAGACCGACCUCUCCGUAGAUGCCGUCCGCCGCGCCGUCGACAAUGGCCAAGGCGAAACCUUUUUUCUCUUGAGCGACCAGGACCGGACUGGACUGGCGCGCAAGGUGGAGACGCUUAAACGAAGCUGCGAAGUGGCAGAGGUGGGAUGUGCGUCAGUGAUGAUGGAGCCACGAGAGUUGCAGCUGCCGCAUGGGGGGACAGGUACAUCUGGUUCCCCAGCGAGUGCCAGCACCAGGGGCAGCAACGCGGCUGCUGGUGUACCGUCGCCACCCGCUGCUUCUUCUUCGACUCCGACCACAACGCUGGUGGCGCAGGAAUUCUUGCUUCGCCGUCGCUGUCCCCCCGCUGCGCUCUUCGAGCUGCGUCUGGCCAUGUGCGGCAACGUGGAUAGCGGCAAGAGCACUUUCACUUCAGUGCUCACCCGUGGCUGUUGUGACGAUGGCCGCGGACUGGCGCGUGCCUUCGUCUUCAGGCACAAGCAGGAGUUCAUGACUGGCCGCACAUCCAGUGUCAGCGAGAACCACCUCGGCUUCUCUGCUGAGGGUGGGGUGGUGAACUACUCGCUGUUGCAGCCGCACCGCGCAGGGGCCGAGCUUCGACCUAUUGCGCCAGCAGAGGUGGCGCUGCACCUGAAGGCCACGGCGCCAGCAACCUCCGGCGGCACAGGCACUGCAGCGGGCUCAGUGGGAGGCAGUGGGGCCCACAUGAUGCGCCAGUGCACUCCAAAGGAGGUCGCCACACGCAGCUCCAAGGUGGUCACGUUGUAUGACCUGGCUGGGCACGAGCGGUACCUGAAGACGACCGUACUGGGCAUGACGCGCAACAUGCCCGACUACGCGUGUAUUGUCAUCAGCGCGAAUAACGGCAUUCAGCGCAUGACAAAGGAGCACCUGGCGCUGUGCCUGGCGCUGAAGUUACCCUUUUUCAUCGUCGUCACUCGCAUCGAUGCCACUCCGCCCAACGUCCACGAUGAGACGCUGUCGAACAUCCAUAAGCUGCUAAAGAUUCCAACCGUGCGCAAGUUGCCCUACCCGGUUCGGCGACUUGACGAAGUGACUCUCGCGGCUAAGAACCUGCGCCACGACCGGAUUGCCCCGAUCUUCGAGGUGAGCAACGUUACCGGUGUCGGCAUCCCUGACGUGCUGCAGUUCAUCAACUUACUCCCAACUCGGAAGGACUGGCGCCAGGCACGGUCCAUGCCAAAGGAAAUGAUCAUUGAUAGCACCUUUUUUGUCACCGGUGUUGGUACCGUGGUGGGCGGCGUCAUCACGCAGGGCGUCUUCCACGUGAACGACACGGUGCUACUAGGGCCCGACGGCUUUGGGAAUUUCCGUCCUGUCGUCAUCAAAUCCAUUCACAUCAAAGGCGUCGACUCGAGCGCUGCUGAGGCUGGCAAGGAUGCGGCGCUGUGUCUCAAGAAGGAAAAGCGCAGCGCUAUUCGCAAGGGCAACGUCCUGGUCGACGCGGCGGCUUCCCCCAAAUCGUUCUGGCAGUUCGAGGCUGAGAUCAUCAUCCUCUACCACUCAACAACGAUAACGGCAAACUAUGAGCCGGUCGUCCACUCAACAACAGUGCGGCAGUCGGCGCGCAUUACCUAUGUCGCUCAAGAGGUGUUACGGACCGGCGACAAGUCUCUUGCGCGCUUCCACUUUCUCUACCGUCCCGAGUACAUCAAAGAAGGGCAGCGACUGAUUUUCCGCGAAGGCCGCACAAAGGGGAUCGGCAUUGUAACGAAGCUCAUAUGUGAGCCCGACGAGCUUCUCUUGGCCAAAAACAAGCUGCGCAGAAAGGUGCUGGAGAAGCCUCAUGCAUCCUUAGGGGCCAAGUAG